UGACUAAACUCUGAGCUUCAGUCUGUUUUGUAUCUUCGUUAAAACAAAUACUCAUUAAUAACAAAAAAAGGAAAAAAGAACAAAGAAAUCUGUUAAUAUCUGUUAAGAAGUUUUUUGAGUGUCAAUCAUGGUAUCUGUUAAGUGGUUCGUGUUAGUGUUUACUCUUCUACUUGUGGAUCAUACUUUUGCACAUGGUCUUUUGGGCGAUAUUUUGAGUUCUCAUCGGGAACGUGCUAGAGAGAAGCUCGCAAGUUUGGAUCAUUUUGGACUUUUCGGUGGAAAAAAGAACGAUGCCGGUGCGAGUGCAUCUUCCGAAUCGAAGAGCUUGGGAACAUCCUUUAAUCUUGGACCGAUUGGAUUUAGCACAUCGCUAACAUCAUCUUCAGCAAAAGCACAAGCUGGUGCUGGAGGUGGUUCUGCAGUUGCGAAUGCAAAUUCCAAUGCAAAUGCUCAAAAUGGAGGGUUUGGUGGUCCAGGAGGUUACGCCGGCGGUAACUCCAAUGCUCAAGCUUCCGCCAAUGCCAAUGCUGCAGCUCAAGGAUAUCAGAACAAACCAGGAGAUUAUAAUUCCGGAAACGGAGGUUUGAUAGUUCAGCAAUUGCCAAAUCCGAACACAUCUGGUGGUUAUGGAGGAUCCUCGAAUGCAAAUGCAAAUGCAAAUGCAAAUUCCAACGCUAAUACCCAUGGAAAUUACAAUAUGAAACCAGGGGGUUAUGAUAAUUCCGGAAACGGAGGGUUAAUUGUUGAACAAUUACCAAAUUCAAAUGGUUAUGGAGGAUCUUCGAAUGCAAAUGCAGAUGCAAAUUCCAACGCUAAUACACAUGGAAGUUCCAAUACGAAACCUGGCGGUUAUCACAAUUCUGGAAAUGGUGGUUUAAUUAUCCAACAACUGCCAAAUAGCAAUUCAAAUGCAAAUGCUGAUGCCAAUGCAAAUUCCAACGCCAAUACAAAUGGAAAUUAUAAUACUAAACCUGGUGGUUAUCAUAAUUCCGGAAACGGAGGGUUAAUUGUUCAACAAUUACCAAAUUCAAAUGGUUAUGGAGGAUCUUCGCAUGCAAAUUCAAAUGCUAAUGCUAAUGCCAAUACAAAUUCCAACGCCAAUACAAAUGGAAAUUACAAUACUAAACCUGGGGGUUAUCAAAAUUCUGGAAACGGUGGUUUAAUUAUCCAACAACUGCCAAAUAGCAAUUCAAAUGCAAAUGCUAAUGCGAAUGCUCAUUCAUUUAAUAAGGGCACUGGUAACGGAGGAAAUAAAGGUCCGGAUGAAACGAUUCUUGUAGUCGUACAAGAGGUUCCUCAAGGAUCAAACAAUCAUCAAACUAAUUAUCAACGUCCUCAAUUUGUCCCACAACCUCCAAAAAAACAGACUCAACCUAUUAUUGUUGUCAUUGAAGAAGAGCCAACUAAACACCAAGGUGGUGGAUACGGUCAAGGUGGGUACGGUCACGGAGGACACAAUCAUGGAUACGGUCAAGGUGGAUAUGGUCAAGGCGGAUAUGGUCAUGGAGGAUACGGACAUGGAGGUUACGGACAAGGAGGCUACGGUCAUGGUCACUCAGGACACAAUCACGGUUACGGUCACGGAGGAUACGGUGGUUCAAAUGCCAACGCUAACGCCAAUGCCAAUGCGAAUGCUAAUUCCAAUAAUCACGGAGGAUUCCCAGGAGGAGUUUAUCAUCAACCAGGUUAUCAUGGAGUAGGUCCACUUGAAAUUAACGUCGGUGGCUCUUCAAAUGCACAUGCUGACGCCAAUGCCAAUGCUGGAAAUUCAAAUGCCGGUCAAGGGUAUUACGGUAACUAUGGACCACAAAAUUAUGGUCAUCAAUCCGGAGGAUACGGUGGAUCGUACUCUAAUGCCAAAGCUGAUGCCAAUGCUCAAGCAGGUGCUCAAGGAGGUGCUGGGCAUCCGUCAGCUUAUUAUCAACCAGGUUCCCCUAUUCAAGUUUUUGGAGGCGGUUCUUCUAAUGCUAAUGCUAAAGCUGAUGCCAAUGCCAAUGCUGGUGGAUAUGGUGGAAAUGGAGGAUUCGGUGGAUCUAAUGCUAAUUCCAAUGCUAAUGCUAAUUCUGGUGCUGGUGGAUAUGGUGGAAACGGAGGAUUCGGAGGAUCUAAUGCGAAUGCCAAUGCCAAUGCUGGUGGAUCUGGUUUUCACAAUAACGAAAUUCCUCCCUAUCAAGGCGGCAAUCUUGGAGGUCAAUCAUCAGCGAAUGCAAAUGCACAUGCUGCAGGUUCGUCUCACGGUUUUGGAAAUGCAAAUGCAAAUGCGAAAGCCGACGCUUCAAGCAAUGCCGGAGGAUUUGGUGGUAACAUUGGAUCAAAAAGUUCCGCCUCAGCAACGGCCACAAUAAACGCGAGAGAUGGUUUGAUUUUCACUGACUGAUUUUUUUUCUAAUUUGUCCUCAUAGGAACACAAUACACAUUUCUAAGUACUGAUAAAGUUUUCUUGAAAAAGAUUUGUGAUUUCUUCUAAAUGCCAUUUUCCGUAUGAUCUGCAGACAUCGAUCUUUACCUAUUUUGCCAGACAGUUUCUUUUAUUCAAAAUAGAAAAAAAGACCGAUAUGGGAUGAACAUCUAACAAAAUAAUGAUAGACAUAAAUAUUAAUAAUUAGCUUUAAAAAAAAAAUUGUGAAAAUGAAAAGUGAGUCAUAGAGUACAUAAUGAAAUGUGUGUGUCUGAUGUAAUGUAUGUUUGUAUAUAUAAUUAUGUUGAUUUCGAUAAAGAAAUUUUUAGUCUUGUAAAUAGGAACAAGUAGAGUGUGUUUCUUUAUGGAAAUCAUUUACUGUGUAUUUAAAAAAAAAUGUUUCCCAAUUUUUACUGAUUUUAAUGAGAAAAACAGUUGUAGGACUCGAUUACCAGACGUCACGAGUGUAUUUUUCUAUAAAGCACUUGUUUUUUUUAUAUAAUUAAUUUAUUUACUAGAAAUCUGUAUAAUUUAAGUUAUGCGCAAUUUUUAAUAAUCAUUACUGCAUCAUUCACAAUACUUUUCCGGAAUUUCCGUCUAUAUCAUUGCGCUUCUUUAUCUGUGUCCAUCAUUCGAUGCAUUUCUUGCGCAAUCACUCACAUUGUAUCAUUGUCUUACAAGUAAAUAAAUUUUCAUAAUUUUCAACUAUCA